AUGUUGGGUCUACGUCGUGUCCACCAAUCGUUGCGUGCCAACUCCCGCUUGUUUUCCACCUCCCAGGUCGCCAAACAGGUGAUUUCGAGGGGAAAUGACCUCAACGGAAAGACCGCUGCCUCUGCUAUGGCUAAGGACUACCACAUCAUUGACCACGAGUACGACUGUGUGGUUGUUGGUGCCGGAGGAGCCGGUCUGAGAGCCGCCUUUGGACUGGCCCAGGACGGUUUCAAAACCGCGUGUAUCUCCAAGCUGUUUCCAACCAGAUCUCACACCGUGGCUGCCCAAGGUGGAAUUAACGCUGCUUUGGGAAACAUGCACAAGGAUGACUGGAGAUGGCAUAUGUAUGACACCGUGAAGGGGUCUGAUUGGCUGGGAGACCAGGAUGCCAUCCAUUACAUGACUAGAGAGGCUCCUCAGUCGAUUAUCGAGCUUGAGCACUUUGGUCUGCCGUUCUCGAGAACGGAAGAGGGUAGAAUCUACCAGAGAGCCUUUGGAGGUCAGUCCAAGGACUUUGGCCACGGUGGUCAGGCCUACAGAACCUGUGCUGUCGCUGACAGAACGGGCCAUGCCUUGCUGCACACUCUCUACGGUCAAUCUUUGAGACACAACACUCACUACUUUAUUGAGUUUUUUGCCAUGGAUCUGUUGAUGCAUGACGGAAAGUGUGUCGGUGUCAUUGCCUACAACGAGGAGGACGGAACUCUGCACAGAUUCAAGGCGCACAAGACUGUCAUCGCUACCGGUGGAUACGGAAGAGCUUACUUCUCGUGCACUUCUGCCCAUACAUGUACCGGAGAUGGAUACGCCAUGGCAUCAAGAGCCGGUCUUCCAUUGCAGGAUAUGGAAUUUGUGCAAUUCCACCCAUCAGGUAUCUACGGCUCCGGUUGUCUGAUCACUGAGGGUGCCAGAGGUGAGGGUGGAUACUUGAUCAACUCCGAGGGUGAGAGAUUCAUGGAGAGAUAUGCUCCUCACGCCAAGGAUCUGGCCUCCAGAGAUGUUGUUUCGCGUGCCAUCACCAUGGAGAUCAAUGCUGGAAGAGGUGUCGGUCCAUUGAAGGACCACAUGUACUUGCAAUUGUCUCAUCUGCCACCAAGUGUCUUGAAGGAGAGAUUGCCAGGUAUCUCUGAGACCGCUCACAUCUUCGCUGGUGUGGAUGUUACUAAGGAACCCAUCCCAAUUCUGCCAACCGUCCACUACAACAUGGGAGGUAUCCCAACCAAAUGGACUGGUGAGGUUUUGAACUUGGAUAAGGACGGUAACGAUCAGGUUGUUGAGGGCCUGCUUGCCUGUGGUGAAUCUGCGUGUACCUCUGUCCACGGUGCCAACAGAUUGGGUGCCAACUCGUUGCUCGACUUGGUUGUUUUCGGCCGUGCCGUUUCGCACACCAUCCGUGACUCGUUGAAACCAAACACUCCUCACAAGGAAUUGCCUGCUGAUAUCGGUUACGAGUCCAUUGCCAACUUGGACAAGCUGCGUACUGCUGAUGGUGAUCUUUCUACUGCCGAGUUGAGACUCGAGAUGCAGAGAACCAUGCAAAAGCACUGUGCUGUUUUCAGAACUCAGGAGCUGUUGGACGAAGGUGUUAAGGAGAUAGAAGAGGUUGACAAGAAGUUUGCCAGAGUCAAGACACAGGACAGAUCUAUGAUCUGGAACUCGGACUUGGUUGAGACUUUGGAGCUGCAGAACUUGCUGACAUGUGCCACACAGACUGCCAACUCGGCCUGUGUGAGAAAGGAGUCCAGAGGUGCCCAUGCGAGAGAGGACUAUCCUACCAGAGACGAUGAGAACUGGAUGAAGCACUCGCUGACCUACCAGAAGGAGUUUGGUGCUCCAGUAGAAGUGACCUACAGACACGUUAUCAGUGAAACAUUGGAUCCAAACGAAUGUAAGACUGUUCCACCAGCCAUCAGAUCUUACUAA